AUGUUCAAGCAGUUCUUGAGUAAGCUUCCACGGAAGUCACCAAAACCAGACUCCACCACGGAUCCAACUCAAAGAUCCGGAUCCGGAACCGUCUCGGCACCAACCCGAUCCAACUCAGUGAAACGCAUGUCCUCAGCCGUCUUCCCUUCAAGCGUCGUCGCCGGAAUCGAGCCUCUAGUCCCCUUCAAAGACGUACCAAACUCAGAGAAGCUGAACCUAUUCGUCUCCAAAGUCAGCCUCUGCUGCGUCACGUUCGAUUUCUCCGACCAAACCAAGAACUCAAUCGAGAAAGACGUGAAGAGACAGACACUCCUCGAGCUUCUCGAGUUCGUGUCUUCAGGCUCCGUUAGGUUCACGGAGCCAGCGAUCCUCGCGAUGUGUAGGAUGUGCGGUGUGAAUCUCUUUAGGGUUUUUCCUCCGAGUUACCGGGAGAAUGAUGAUGAUAAUGAGCCGUUGUUUGAUCCCUCUUGGCCUCAUUUGCAGAUUGUUUACGACCUCUUGCUUAAGUUUAUUACAUCUCCUUGUCUUGAUGCUAAGUUGUGUAAGAAGUAUCUAGACCAUGGGUUUAUAAUUGUUUACGACCUCUUGCUUAAGUUUAUUACAUCUCCUUGUCUUGAUGCUAAGUUGUGUAAGAAGUAUCUAGACCAUGGGUUUAUAGUUAAGCUUCUUGACUUGUUUGAUUCCGAGGAUCCUAGAGAAAGAGAGUGUUUGAAGACGAUUCUGCAUCGUGUCUACGGGAAGUUCAUGGUUCAUAGACCGUUUAUUCGCAAAUCAAUGAGUAAUAUCUUCUACAGGUUUGUGUUUGAGACGGAGAAGCAUAACGGAAUCGCCGAGCUUUUGGAGAUUUUUGGGAGUAUUGUGAGUGGGUUUGCCUUGCCUUUGAAGGAAGAGCAUAAGAUCUUUUUGUGGAGAGUGUUGGUUCCUUUGCAUAAGGCUAAAUCUGUUGGUGGGUAUUUUCAUCAGCUGUCUUAUUGUAUUACUCAGUUUAUUGAUAAGGAGCCGAAGCUUGGGAGUGUUGUGAUCAAAGGUUUGUUGAAGUUUUGGCCUGUUACUAAUAGUCAGAAGGAGGUUAUGUUUCUUGGUGAGGUUGAGGAGAUUGUUGAGGUGAUGAGUUUGGUGGAGUUUCAGAAAGUGAUGGUUCCUUUGUUCUUGAGGAUUGCUUGUUGUGUUAACAGUUGCCACUUUCAGGUAGUUUCUGAGAGAGCUUUGUUCUUGUGGAACAAUGAUCAAAUUGUGAAUUUGAUUGCACAGAACAGGCAAGCCAUCUUACCAAUCAUGUUCACUGCCUUGGAGAAGAAUGCUGAUAACCACUGGAACCAAUCUGUGCUGAACUUAACUCUAAACGUGAGGAAAAUGUUCUGUGAGAUGGACGAGGCUUUGUUCAUGUCUUGCCACGCACGGUUUCAUGAGGAGGAAGCAGAGCAAUGCUCUGCAGAGGAGAAGAGGAAAGAAACAUGGGCGAGGCUAGAGAAGGUAGCAAGUAUGAAGCCUGUGACUGGAAAGACAGCUGUUUUGGUAACUCCUUUAGCAACCUCCAUUGCCUGCUAA